AGUUUUAAUGCUCAUCAAGAUUCGGGUGGCACUCUGAUCCAUUGCUGAGUACUUUAACUUUCUUAUCUUCCAACUCUGAGAGAUAUUCGCGUUGCUUCGCAAGAAUUAUUUAUCCUCACUAUUGGUUAAAUGCAAACGCGGUGCGGUAGAAUAAAAACUUCUCCAUCUAUAGUAUGUGGAAACUGAUUAAAGCGGGAGUAAAGUUAUUACGUUAAUUCUUCAAACUUUCACCGAGCCUAGUAGAAUGAAUCGAAAGUUGUUAUUGUUUUUAUUUGUUUCCUUUGGGUGCAUUUAUGUGGAUGGAACUUUGGAGAUAAAACUACCUCCAGGACCUUUUAAUUUUGUGACAAGGAUAACGAACACAACGUUUGGUUUAGUGAGAGGAGGACUAGGACUUUUCAGUAGAACUGUAGAUAGAGUAAUCAACACUUUCACAAGGGUAGAAGAUCGUCUGAGAGAGCUCCUGGAAGAAUUUCGUAAGCAAAUUGUACGAGGCAUACCAGAAUUACAUAUUCCGAUUUUGGAUCCUCUGCACAUCGACAAUGUUGAAUUCAAAAUCAAACAUGAAUCUGGCAAUUUCGUUGGAAAUGCCAGCGAUGUCACAAUCAGACACAUAUCCAAAUUUGUUCUGGACGAUGUACGAUUCUCCGAUAUUGGGGCUUGGCGAUUCAAGUUGGAUCUGAACAUCACUUUGCCAUUCAUUACAGCCGAAGGAUUUUAUUUCGUUGAUGCCCUCAUCGGGGACACCGUAUCAUUGUUCGGUAAUGGAAAAUUUUGGGCUAAGAUAUACCAGUUAGAACUGAAAAUAACUGCUCUACUUAAGCUCGAAGGCAUAAGACCAAGGGUAAAUGGUCUUGGACUGAAAGUGAAGAUGAAAAAAUUAGAGAAUAAUUUCGAAGGUUUAAUGAAAGAUAAAGAAACCGGUGAUUUAUAUAACAGAGUUAUAUCACGUUUAGCACCAGAAGCAGUGGAUAUGCUUUGGCCAGAACUCAAGAAACCUAUAGAAAAGCAAAUUAUGAAUUACAUCAAUUCAGCCUUGGAUAAUACAUCUGUAGCCACUAUCGUGAGAAGACUCUUCAAUCUCGUUUGAUUAAAAACUGUCGAUAAGAAUAUGAUAGUAUAGAUAGAUAGGUCGAAAAUCUCCCCUUAAUGAAUGAAUGCAAUAGAAAGAAUGUCAUUCAUUCAUACCUAGUAGCGAUGAUAUUUUUAGAGUGAUUUGAAACUGAAAUUAAUUUAUUGUGAUUGUAUAUGUGCCACUAAAAUUACAAAUAUAAGAGUUAUCACCUUGA